AUGAGCCGGCGAACGCGCCAUAACUGUCUGAAAAUCUCCCUGUUGUUGCUUCUUUCCGCCUGGGCCUCUGCGGCCGAAGACGAGGGCGACUUCUCUUGUCAUGUUUCGUACAACGGCCUCAAAUACGACCUCACGAAGAUCAAAGGCCAACAAGUAGUCAAGAGAACGAGAGAGACACCGCCCAGCACUAUGAUCGACACGGUGGUGUUCGACCUAUGCGAAGGCUUGCAGCCGGAUGAGGGUGUGGACGAGAAGGACCAGUGUCCUUCAGGAACACGAGCUUGUCUCACCAAAACGAACCGCAAAGAAGGGUCCGAUGACCGUAUCGUCGCCGUAAUUCCAUUGGCAUCGUCGCCACUCACAGAUGUCCAAUACUCUGAAUUGUCAUCGCCAAAGGGCCUGUCUGUAUCGUUCAAAGGCUCCACAUACCCUCCCCCGAAUGGCGACGAUCCUAUACCCCAGACCUUCAAUGUCAACCUUAUAUGCGAUCCCGACGCUGUGGAUCUUGAGUUUUCUUCGUACGACGGUAGAGAUAUGUGGGUUGAGUGGCGCACAUCAGCAGGUUGCGGCUUCGGUGGGCCUGGAGAGCCACCGGAGACCCAUCCUUCGGAAGAUACUGACAAGGAUGAGAAGUCGGUUGGAUCUGGGAUUGGCUACUUCUUCCUUUUGUUGUUCCUCGCGCUCAUAGGAUAUUUCGGACUGGGCGCAUACUAUAAUUAUUCUACAUAUGGUGCAUCAGGGUUGGACCUCAUACCACAUCGCGACUUCUGGCGGGAGGUUCCGUAUAUGCUGCGCGAUGUCGUGUCACAUCUAUGCUCGGCUGUUCGUCCACACUCGGCGAGUCGAGGAGGCUACAUUGCAGUAUGA